AAAUCGGUGAGGGUUAACCUGCAGCGUUUGGCAUUGAUCCAGCAGCUCCAACACACUGGAGGAAAAUAUGGACGAGACUUUCAGAUCAAACAGAUCUUCUGAAUCAGUGGAUUUUAUCCAGUGACCCGAAUGAUCCUCCCAGUUUAUAUAGAUAUUUCUACAAACAUAAUUAGAGACAGAUAUUGUCAUUUAUAUAUAUAAACAGUUAAAUCAAGCUUGCUGAUUGGUCUCAUAAUACUGUCAUGAGUUUUACUGUCACAGGCUUUUACAACCAGGUAUUACAUCUAUUAAUCAAUUUGAUAAUCUACACUGAUCGUGUUUAGGGAAGUUGGGAGGUAUAACAAUAAGUAUAACAAUUGCUGCACGUGUUGACGGUGCCAUUGUUUCAAUAAGCUUCUGCAAUGUCAGAAGAUUUAUUUCAAUCCACCAAGAUCUUGCAGCAGCAUUGAUGAUGGUAGAGUCUGACCAACCGCUGCACAAAGCAGCUCUUCUCCAUCCAGCACAUCCCAAAGAUUCUCAACGAGGUUAAGAUCUGGACUCUGUGGUGAACUCUCUCAAUCCAUGUGUGAAAAUGAUCUCAAACUCUCUGAAUCACUCUUUCACAAUUCCAGCCCCAUGAAUCCUGCCAUUGUCAUCUUGGAAUGUGCCUGUGCCACCAGGUAAGAAAAAAUACAUUGAUGGAAUGAGCCACAUCAUUUACUUUGUUAAAUACAGGUAGAUACUUUUAAGGCAGUGUAUAAAUAAUGUUUCCAGUGCUGAUUUAUGCUUCAAGUCAUCCAGGUAACUUCACACCCUAUACUGGUAAGGCUAGUGGAAAACCAGUAUAGUCAUUUUUGCUUAGUAAUUAUAGUCAUGCUGGUCAUACUGGUUUCCUAGUUUGGUUAGGUUGACCUGGCUUGUAUACCAGUUAAGCCAUCAAACUCAAAAUCUGAGCUGUUGGACAGUUUUAAAUAGUUUUCUCACAAAGAGUUCUAAACAACAAUCACAAAAUGCUUAUUAUCAUUAUUAUUAUUAUUAUUAAUAAUAAUAAUAAUAUUAUUAUAUUAAGAUAAUUUAUGUGAGGAGUGUGUGCCCCCUAAACACCCCCUCCUUCUCAACCCCAUCUCUCCACCCCACCCAUUGUUCUGUACCCCCCAGAGAUUUUAUUCUUCAGCUGGAGGGGAUCUCUCUCUUUCUCCUCUUUUUCAGACAAAGGGGAGCAGAAGGUUUCUCCAGCUGCUUCUCCGCUCCCUGUAUCUAAGGAUCACCCCCGGUCCGCGAGCACAUCUGUCCGGACCAGCUCCGUCCAGACCCCGGGCAGCAGAUGGAAGUGGUGCGGCUGAGCGGCGGUGUCUGGCCGGGUGUCGGGGCUCUGCUGUGGUUGGCGGCGCUGUGGAGCUCCGCUACAGCGGCUCGGAGCUGCGCCGAGUCCCGCCGAGAGUUUGAGGAGCGCGGCCACAGCGCAACCAGCAGCCCGCUGUCCCCCAUCAGCGGAGAGCACCUGCGACUCUGUCCUCAGGACUACACCUGCUGCUCCAGCCUGAUGGAGGAAACACUGUCCCGCCAGAGUGAGGAAGACUUCCUGUCUGCAGUUGAGGAUCACAGUCAGUUCCUGCUGACGAGUUUCACUCAGAGGCAUCGGCGCUUCGAUGAGUUUUUCCAGGAGCUGAUGGACGUGGCUGAGAAGACGAUGAACCAGAUGUUUCUGAAGACGUACGGCCGACUGUUCACGCAGAACUCUCACCUGUUCCAGCAGCUGUUCUCCGAGCUCAGGGGAUACUACUCCGGGGGCAGGAUCAGUCUGGCGGAAGUGAUGUCAGAGUUCUGGGCGGGGCUUGGUGAGAGAAUGUUUUCCCUGGUAAAUCCUCAGUACCAGUUUAGUCAGGAAUACCUGGAGUGUGUGAGCAAACACUCUGAACAUUUGCAGCCUUUUGGAGACCUGCCACGUAAACUCCAGACACAGAUAUCACGUGCACUCAUUGCUGCGAGGGCUUUGGUUCAGGGUCUGGCCACCGGCCGAGACAUCGUCAAUAAAGCACUGAAGCUGAGUGUGAGUACAGAGUGUGUGCGGGCGUUGAUGCGUCAGUGGUUUUGCCCGCUGUGUCGAGGAAUCCCCUCCCUGAAGUCCUGCCACUCGCUCUGCCUCAACGUGAUGAAGGGCUGCCUGGCCAAUCAGGCGGACUUGGAGUCGGAAUGGAACAAUUUCAUUGACGCUGUUCUGUCUCUGGCUGAUCGGCUCGCCGGGCCGUUUAAUGUGGAAUUGGCCGCGGAGUCGAUCGCUGUGAAAGUCUCCGAGGCGAUAAUGUUCAUGCAAGAGAACAGCGUCACCAUCUCCACCAAGGUGUUUCAGGGGUGUGGCAGCCCUCGCCCCGCCCCCAGCAGAGCCAAGCGCUCCCUUAGAGACGGAGAACGGCGCCGGAAACCCUUCAGAACCUUCAGCCCGGAGGAGAAACCCACCACUGCUGCCGGAACCAACCUGGACCGCCUGGUGCUGGAACUAAAGGAGCGUCUGAGGCCAAUGAGGGGAUUCUGGGUAUCACUGCCUCACACAAUCUGCAAUGACGAAAAGAUGGCAGCUGAUGUGACAAAUGAGGAUCGCUGCUGGAAUGGACAGACCCGUGGAAGGUAUCUGCCGGAUGUUAUGGGUGAUGGUUUGGUGAAUCAGGUGAAUAAUCCGGAGGUGGAGGUGGACGUCGCUCAGCCAGACAUCAAAACCCGUCAACUGAUUAUGGAGCUCAGAGUCGCCGUCAACCGACUGAAACUCGCCCACAGCGGCCAAAACACCGACUUCCCCGACAGUGAUGGAGAGGACAGCAGUGGUUCUGGACUGGGUGAGCGGUACAGUGACGACUGGCCCGGUUAUGGUUUCUACUCACCUCCACGUAGCCCCGCCUACCCCCACAAACCACCCCGUCCCCGUGACAGGACUGCAACUAAGUGGAAUAGAGCAAACGGACCAAUUAAAUCAGCUUUCCACAAAGUCCCUCCCCUUUCCUGCUUCUUCCUCUCUGUGCCGUUGUCUCUCGCCCUCCAGUGGAGGUAGCCUGUUACUGCAGUUUAUUUCUGCAGGACUUCAGGACCCAGCAGACGGGAAUCACAUGACCAUCAGAGGCGGAGCACAAAAACAACAAUAUAGAGAAACGUUUAGCAGCUUUAAUGACCGUGGGCGUGGUUUAUUCUUUUAAUUAUCAGGAUUUGUUUCUUCAUAGAACCAAUCAAAAUCAAGAACUGAGCAGCUUCACCAGAACUUUCCUCGUGUUUAGACUACAAAGUGGACUGUGAUGUCACUGUGGGUCAGAACGGGGGUGAGGGGGUGUUACCUGGUGGGAGGGAGUGGGAGGAGCUACUGUGUGACCGUUAAAGUGUUAUGCUGUUAAUGAUUGUUUUAAAGAGUUUGGUUCUGCCUGCACUGAUAAUCUCACCCUUUUUUAUUUAUUUGUUUAUAUAUUUAAUUAAUUAUUAAUGUAUGUGGUGUUUUUGUUUAUUUACUGUAAAAAUAUAUUUUUAGGCAUUGAGAUUUCGACUUUUCAAUGUAUGUGUGUGUGUGUGUGUGUGUGUCCAUACGCUGAGGUUCUGCUGAACUCUGAAUGUUUGGUUCUGUGAGGGUCUGGUUUAGUGUAGAACUGUAAUUAGACUGAGAGUAAUCCGGUCUCUCGGGCAGAACCACAGCAAAAGUGCUGUC